CUCAGGCUGGCUGGCUCAGUGGCAGCGCAUCGAACGGCGAUCAGGGCACGUGACUCAGGAGACUCAAACUACUACUACUACUGCUACUACUACUACUGCUAGUGCUAGUGCUAGUACUCUACUGCUACAGCUCUGACAUGGUCUCUGCCACCAAAGCACGUCUCCACUGCUGUGGUCUCUCUCACCACGACCACACACACCCAGCAGGUCUAGACUUAGACCUCGCAGGCACACUCUGCUACGGAACCGGUGACAAUAUGACCUCUGCCGUUCUCCUCCUACCAGGCACUUCCUCUGCCACAAGCUGGCAAGAUACACACAUCCGUUUAUUGGCUGAUAAGAUCGCUCGUGGCGCCAAUGUCACGGUCCUUGUCCCUUGCGUCUCUCCUGAUGCACAGAGUCACGCUAAGCGGAAACAUGACACCGCUGAGGACCCAUCUAGCUCAUGUCCACCCUUCAAUGAAGCUUCUGUCAACACACUUGCUACGCACCUGCGAGAUGCCAUGAGUGUCACACACGUCGCAGUGGUGGGUCUCUUUGGCAACGGUGCAGAGGUCGCUUGCGCAUGUGCAUCAGCAGAAGAAGCAGAGAAGCUCUUCAAGUGUGCCAUUCUUGCACUCGACACAUCACAUGUCCCUGCAUCACUCAAAUUGCCCACAGUGCUCUUCCAACUGAAGGCAACAAGCAGACAAGUCAUUGUCGAAGAACCCGUUGCGAUACGGCACACACCGCUUGAUGCAAAGGCAGCGCUCUUUCGUUCAGGCUCAGGCACACUCUAUGAAACGGCCAUGCGCGAGCUACUCUUUUGGUGCAAAAAGCAUCUUCAUGAAUGGUCAUGAUGCAACACAAUGACCUGCCAUCGCUAUAGUCUACAAUGCAAAAUAAGAAAUCUAAAGUACAAGAGGUCCACGCUUCUCCGUCACUGAGCCAGCUUACGUGCCAUGUGCAAAUCAAUGUCCAUCAACUUGGCAAGGAACCCCGUCCUACUAUGUUAGCGAGCAACAAGACACAUGUCGACAUACUUGAAGAAAUCAACGCGAUGACGCUUAAUCACAUCGAGGUAGCUAUCCCUGCAAGCCAGAUGAUACCGACAAGACUCAUUGAAAAUCACAAACUGUGAGCGCAAGUCAUCACAACCAGGAGGCCACGUAUUCGUGUAGAACUGUUCAAUCUCCGCACGUAGCAACGGUAUAUCAUACUUAUCCGCCAAUCGAGCAUACUUCCAAAUAUUCCGAUCAAAGGUGAAGAUG